AUAUAGACAGGGUGAGGGGGUACAGGCAGGGUGUGGGGUACAGGCAGUACAAGUGGGGUAUAGACAGGGUGAGGGGGGUACAGGCAGGGUGAGGGAUACAGGCAGUACAAGUGGGGUAUAGAUAGGUCACAUAGUGAGCAGAUCAGGCAUUAUCUUUAGAGGACAGAUCAGGAAGUACUUGCAGAGUGUAGAUCAGAAGUGGCUAUAAUCUGCAAAUCAAACAGUAAUUUUAGAGUGCAGUAUGGACAACACUUUAGAGGGCUUUAUAUAGUAAUGUACCUGUAUUAGUAUUAGAGUCUAGUAGAUGUAAUACUAUUAGAGUGCAGUGCAGACAAUAAUAUUAAAGUGUCAAACAAACCAUCAUUUUAGAGUGUAGAACAGACGUAAUAUUAAAGUGCAGCUCAGACAGUACUAUUAGAGUGUAGAACAGGCGUAAUAUUAAAGUGUAGCUCAGACAGUACUAUUAGAGUGUAGAACAGGUGUAAUAUUAAAGUGCAGCUCAGACAGUACUAUUAGAGUGUAGAACAGGCGUAAUAUUAAAGUGUAACUCAGACAGUACUAUUAGAGUGUAGAACAGGCGUAAUAUUAAAGUGUAGCUCAGACAGUACUAUUAGAGUGUAGAACAGACGUAAUAUUAAAGUGUAGCUCAGACAGCACUAUUCGACCACCGAUCAGAAAGUACAGAGCAGACAUUUAUUUUAGUGUAGCUAAUAGUUAAGAGGUCAGAUCAGACAGUACUAUUACAGUGCAGAUCAGACAGUACUAUUAGAGUGUAGAACAGAUGUAAUAUUAAAGUGCAGCUCAGACAGUACUAUUAGAGUGUAGAACAGACGUAAUAUUAAAGUGCAGCUCAGACAGUACUAUUAGAGUGUAGAACAGGCGUAAUAUUAAAGUGCAGCUCAGACAGUACUAUUAGAGUGUAGAACAGGCGUAAUAUUAAAGUGUAACUCAGACAGUACUAUUAGAGUGUAGAACAGGCGUAAUAUUAAAGUGUAGCUCAGACAGUACUAUUAGAGUGUAGAACAGACGUAAUAUUAAAGUGUAGCUCAGACAGCACUAUUCGACCACCGAUCAGAAAGUACAGAGCAGACAUUUAUUUUAGUGUAGCUAAUAGUUAAGAGGUCAGAUCAGACAGUACUAUUACAGUGCAGAUCAGACAGUACUAUUACAGUGCAGAUCAGACAGUUAUUUUAGAAUUUAGAUCAGACAGUACUGUUUGAGAGCAGAUUGGGCAGUAAUUUUAGUGUGUAGUUGAGGCAUUCAUAUUUAAGUGCACACCAGACAGUACUUCUAUAGUGUAGACCAGGUGGUAAUAUAUUAACAUAUAUUAAUAUUAAAAGACAGGUCAGACAUUAGUAUUAGAGUGCGGAACAGAUGUUACUAUUAGAGUGUAAAACAAACAUUACUGUUAGAGUGCAGAACGGGAAUAACUCAGAAUACAAAACAGUCGUUACUAUUAGAGGGCAGAACAGACAUUACAAUUAGAGUGCAGAACAGACAUUACUAUUAGAGUGCAGAACACUACUAUUAUAGUGCAGAACAGACAGUAGUAUUAGAGUGCAGAACAGACAUUACUAUUAGAGUGCAGAACAAACAGUAGUAUUAGAGUGCAGAACAGACAGUGGCUACACGUGCUGGGGAGACAGACACAGGUUGAACGUUGUGUUAUGGCAACUGAUGAUUCGGCAGGAGGAGCUCGCAGGGCCACAAAGAGCAAACUGUUUGAAUUUCUGGUACACGGAGUGCGUCCUGGCAUGCCAUCUGGUGCCCGCAUGCCUCAUCAGGGUGCUCCUAUGGGCCCACCGGGUCCCCCAUUUGGCGGGAAUCCCACUGUUCGACCUGGAAUCCCCCCAACAGUUAUGGAAACUACAAGGAAACGCUCUGCCCCUGCACAGGUUCAGCAACAAGUCACACCUACACAGGGUCGCAGCCGCAGUGCAAAAAGGAGAAAGAUGGCGGAUAAGAUUCUUCCACAGAGGAUCCGGGAGCUGGUACCAGAAUCACAGGCUUACAUGGACCUUUUAGCUUUUGAGCGAAAAUUAGACCAAACAAUAAUGAGGAAACGUGUGGACAUCCAGGAAGCUCUGAAAAGACCCAUGAAGCAAAAACGGAAGCUGAGACUUUAUAUCUCUAACACAUUUAACCCUGCAAAACCUGAUGCUGAAGACUCUGAUGGGAGCAUUGCAUCAUGGGAACUUCGUGUGGAAGGGAAACUUUUGGAUGAUCCCAGCAAGAUGAAGAGGAAGUUCUCAUCAUUCUUUAAAAGUUUGGUCAUUGAACUGGAUAAAGAUUUAUAUGGACCAGACAAUCAUCUAGUGGAGUGGCACCGGACGCCGAGUACCCAGGAGACAGAUGGCUUCCAAGUAAAGAGGCCAGGAGAUGUGAGCGUUCGUUGUACCCUUUUACUAAUGCUGGAUUAUCAGCCGCCACAGUUUAAGUUGGAUCCACGCCUUGCACGUCUCCUUGGUCUUCACACGCAGACACGUGCAGUCAUUAUCCAAGCACUAUGGCAAUAUAUCAAAACCAACAAGCUGCAAGACUGUCAUGACAAGGAGUAUAUCAGUGGAGACAAGUACUUUCAACAGAUAUUCGAUUGUCCCCGACUGAAAUUCUCAGAAAUUCCACAGAGACUGACUAAUCUGCUGCUACCACCGGACCCAAUCAUUAUCAACCAUAUCAUCAGUGUGGACCCCACAGAUCAGAAAAAGACAGCCUGUUAUGACAUUGAUGUGGAAGUUGAAGAUCCUCUUAAGAGUCAGAUGAGCAGCUUUUUGCUUUCCACUGCAAACCAACAGGAAAUCACUGCUCUGGACAACAAGAUCCAUGAGACCAUUGAGUCAAUUAAUCAGCUGAAGAUACAGAGAGAUUUUAUGCUCAGCUUCUCCCGGGACCCUAAGGGAUAUAUUCAGGAUUGGUUGCUGUCACAGAGCAGAGAUCUUAAGAUUAUGACAGACGUGGUGGGGAACCCAGAGCAGGAGAGAAGAGCCGAGUUCUACCAAGAGCCGUGGUCCCAGGAGGCUGUGAGCCGCUACUUUUACUGCAAGGUGAGGGGGAGAUGAUGACAAGAUGGGGGG